AUGCGAGCAGGUACUUUACUCUGUAUUCCAUAUCAUCAGCUUCAUCACCAUCAUCCUUACCUAUUUCAGACCAUCGUCGAGUCCCGAGAUCCUAUGCAGAACCAUCUACUGCCCAGUUCGCAUCCUAUUGUUCUUCCAGUUCCCCGUUCCCAACGUAUUGUUUUUCCAGUCCCUGGCAUAAUCAAUCAGGUUUGGCACAAGAAUUUGGGGUACGAGUUCAAGAAAAUCCGCAACUUACUGUUCUGGCCCGACGAGAACCAUGCCCGUGACCGCUGCUUUCUUGCUUCUAUAGACACCGAAUUCCCCGGUGUACUUUCUACAUCCGACAAGGGCCGUCUCCAAGAUCCACACUACAAUUAUGAGCAGAUGAAGUACAAUGUGAACGCCACCAACAUAAUCCAACUGGGUUUGACUCUCUCGGACAGAUACGGAAACUUCUACACAUGGGAGUUCAAUUUCAGCGACUUUGAUAUCGAAACUGAUGAUCACAACGACGCCUCAAUUGAGCUUCUCAAGACUCACGGGAUCGAUUUCGAGAGAAACAAGAAGGAAGGCAUUCCUUCUUCUGAGUUUGCAGAGUUGUGUCGGCGCUCUGGGCUGGUAGGAAACAAUUCACAGAUACCUUUGACAUGGGUGGGUUUCCAGAGUUCUUAUGAUUUUGGCUUCUUCAGCAAGAUUCUCACUGGAAAAAAUUUGCCAGACGACAUGGAAGUGUUCAUGAGAUUCGUAAAGAUGUGCUUUGGGCCUAGCAUGUUUGACAUUAAACACAUGAUUACGAGUCUUGGUGCUGGACUUUAUGGAGGUUUGGAGAAGGUGGCAGAGAUGCUCGGGGUUGCUUGGGCAGCCGGGAAGAGUCACACGGCUGGUUCUGACAGUCUUUUGACAUUGAAAACCUUUAUCGAGCUUGUAUAUGUGUGUUUGGAGCCUGCAUAUUCUAAUACCAGCUGCAUUGAGACAUUGCAGAAUUUUACAAUGAAUAUGAGUUUUGCGAAUGCCAUGGCUCCUUGUGAUAUUGAUAAGGCCAAGGAAGUCUUUGAGUUUCUUAUAAGAGGGGAGGAAGAAAGAGAGAAACAGAACUAUGAUAAGUUGUAUAGUUGUAAAGGACUCAAGGGGCUUUGUAUAUAG